UGUUGGGCUUUUUCUUGGCACUCAGGCAACAAUUCUGAGUGCUACUCUGCCAGACAGGUUAAAAAAAAUAACAAUAAUAAAAUGUCUUACAAAACCACAACAAGCACAAUCUCUCUACUGCAUGGCACAACUCCAAAAUGUUUAAUUGACACAAGUAUUAAACAAGGAUGUCCCAUAUCUCUUCUUCUCAACAUCUUUGCAAAUGAACUUCUCAUUAUUCUCAUUAAAACCACAGAUUUUUAUACAUUAACAGUAUUAGACAAAGAUAAUGUCAGUCAUCACUUAGCAGAUGACAAUGUGUAUUUUUUCCUCAGGCCUCAGGUGUGAAAUUAAAUGUAAAAAAAUUGGAACUUCUACCUAUUCUCAGCUCCUCUAAAUUAGUAAUCAAUAACAUUUCUGACAAAUCAGGAAUUUUAUUGUUUUCUUUUAUUGUUUUCUUUUGACGCAUAUGUAAAAACAAAAGGAUAUCUUAUAAAAACAUAAUAUAUUGGAUAAUUAGAAUAACGUAAAUCAUAUCUAUGUAGUGUCAAAGAGACGUAUCUGUUCUGAUUACUAAAUUGAAGUUUAUCCCAGCAUUCAUACACCUAGUUUAUUCUCUGUCCAUGUCAAACAAAGCAAAUAAAACUUUUAUUUACACCAACUACAACUAUAUUUGGAAAGAUUAAUCAUUUUAUUUAAAAAAGUAACCUUGUUAAAAGGCUAUGAAGAAGAAGGACUCAGUAGCAUUGAUAUUCUUUCCAUUAAAAGUACAAUAAAAAUUAUUUGGUUGAGGGAUUUUCUAAGACAAUGAAUAGUUUUUGGUUGCAUAUUACAAAUCAGAUUUUUAAAAAAUUAGGGGGCAUAAGUCGGCUCCUAAAAUGAGAUUUUGUGCUGACCAAGCUUCCUUUAAAACUUAACAGCUUUUCAUCAACAAACAUUAUACUAGAAAUUAUCUUCUGCCAUAACUUUAGCUCUCAUGACACCGAGAGGGUCUACAUCACUGUAGACCUGCAGGUAUAUUAUGUUUAGAAAUAAAUCUGUGUUUAUUAAGAAAUGCUUUGAUAAAGGUAUCUGGUCGUUUCUGCAUUUACUGGAUCAUAAAAAGGAUAAUUCCGUGUUGUGUAAAUAUAAUACAGACAACUGAUAUGAAAGUAUUGUUAACGCAAUUCAACAACGCAUACUGUACCUCUCUGCUGUAAUUUGUUACAAAAGAAUGUAUAUCCAUCCCUCUCUAAACUGUUGGUAAGACCUACACUAAUGGCUAUACUUUAAUAUAAUAAAUUUGGCAUUAUUAUUUUUGAACUGACCUCUAAUUAAAUAGAGAAACUCUGUAUAACUGAAACCCAAUAAGUCGCUUUCUAUAAAAAAAAAAAAACUAUUGCUAACACUACUGCUAACUGCCAAAUUCACUCUAAUCUGAUUUCCUAUUAUUAGUGUUGUAUUAUAUAUUCAUUGCUUGUUUGUUUUCUGUGCAUCAUGUUCUCGUUUCUCGUGCCAUAUUGUUUGUAAAUGCGAAUAACAAUAAAGAAAAAAAAAAAAAAAAAAAAAACUUCCUGUUCCUUGGCGAGCUUUGGAAAAUUGUAUAUUCUGAUUGGCUAAGAUAGCUGUCAUGAAGGCCACGCUGGAAAAUACGCUUCGUAACUGACCUACUAACACAGAUCUCUGAGUCACUAGCCACAUUAAGGAUAAAAACAAGGAAGCAAGCAAGAGAGUCAUUUGUAGGAAUCUCAUCAAGACCGUAAGCCAAUGGGGAGGUUCGGGCAUAUGUCAAAGCUUGUGGAAGACACUGAGGUCAAACCCUUCAACUGGGAGGUGGAAAAGAGUUCUUCUAUUCAAGUGGACUGAUUCGGUGUGGAAGUUACUGCUGUCCCAGAACAUCCUUAUGGCUAACAGUUAAUGGCUUUUGAAUAUUCUUACUGUCUUCAACAUUAUGAAUAUCCAAUCAGUAAAGGAAGACAACGACUCCAGUGAGUCAUACAGUGGAGAUAAUGCCCUGGUACUUGCUGUGGCUUUACACAGAUGUAACAAAAAUUUAUUAGCUCACAAAAGUUCAGCAGUGUCUUUCAACACUAAAUCUACAUGUCGCAGGAAACGUGAGUUCAUACCAGAGGAAAAGAAAGACACUCUGUACUGGGAGAAACGACGCAAAAACAAUGAAGCUGCCAAGCGCUCAAGAGAGAAGCGACGCAUCAAUGACAUGGUGCUUGAGAACAAGCUGAUGGCUCUUGGAGAGGAAAAUGCAUCCCUGAAGGCAGAACUGCUGUCACUAAAAAUGAAGUUUGGCUUAGUUAGCUCAUCAGCAUAUACCCAAGAAGUCCAGAUGCUAUACAGCCCUCCAACCGUAAACUCCCAUGAGAAGUUUAUAUCUCCCAGUGCUGCCCAGAGUUUAAUCAAAGGAGAUCUUGAGCAUGUAAAGCUACGCAACAGCUGUACAUCAGUUAUCAAACACUCACCUCUCACACCUGAAACAUGGGCUGCAAAUCAAGUGAGCUUUACUCUCUGCAGGACAGCAGAUUUUAAGCAAGAACCAGUAGAAAAUUAUCCCUGGCAGGAAAAUAGUACUCCAUAUGAGCACUACAACAAUUGCAAGGUUAGCUACUUGUCUGAUGUCUGCUUUCAGGCAGACACAUUCAUGCACACUGCCAGGUCAUCCAGUAACUCACCCAGGAACUCGGAUGAAAAUGCUGGAAGCAAAGCAUCAGAUGGUGAAGAUGAGCAGCAAGUCCCAAAGGGACUGAUGCCUUCUGUAGCUGACCAAAGAGGUGUCAUUGUUUCUACUCACAAAGUGCCAGAUUUUAAUUCGUCAGCAUUGCCCCAUAAACUGCGAAUCAAAUCAAGAACCAACCAAAUUAAAGUGGAGCCGAUUGACCCUGAAUAUGAGUCUUCUGGAAAGGCUUAUUCUCCUGUCAGCGUUUCAGAAGGAGAGGAUUUCCAGACCCCCCUGACAUCCUCAGAAUACAUGCAGCCUUCCCAUUGUCCUUUGUCUGUACAGGUUUCCAAAAUGCAAGGCUGGAGCCACAGGUCUGAAAGCAGUGUUUCUACAGAGUGGUUGCCCAAAUAGUGAGCAAAUCCUAAGCCCUUUGUAUUCAAACUCUGGCUGAGGAAUUUUAUCUACAAGUGUUUCGUAACCUGUCACUAAAAGUUGCCUCUAAGACAAGACUAACCACAACAGAGCAAGAUUCUAAGACAAAAGUGAACCAAACACAUCACUAAUAGAGAUGAGUGUUUUAUCAAAAAUAUGUUGAUGUUUAUUUCAUGAUAAAUGAAAGGAAUGUUCAUAUGAUCUUGUUAUAUUUGUAUUUCCAGUCUUUUACCUGUGGCACUAUGUUAAUAUUUAGUUUGGAUACAUUUUUUAAAAACAGUCUGGAAAAACAGUUUUCCAGACUUGUAAUUGAUUUUUUUUGGAAGAAACAGUUAAUUGAAGUAUGCUAAGAAUAGUCAAUAACUGUAAAGUUUGAAAAGUUUAUUUAAUACAAUGCUUUACUUUCAAACUCAAAGUUAAAUUAUAUGUCAGGUCUUAUUCUCAUUUUUUUAACAUAAACAUUAUGGAAAUCAAUUUGAUAGAUACUGCUAGAAAUGUAUGACUUUAGCCUGUUAGUAUUACUGCCAGGUUGAAAACAAUAGUAUUAAUUUAAAAAAUAAUUAACAGCUGCUCAAAUAUAGACUACAGAUAUUGUUAUGGCUUGAUCAUUGUAUUGUACACAUAUACAGUGUAGAGUUAUUGUUUUGUUUUUAAAGAAACUUCCCUACACAUUGUUGAGUACAGUAUAAUAGUUUUAUUAAAUAAAGCAAGAGCAUAUAGCCUUUUCUGUAUUUCUGGUUGUUAUGCAUUUUGGCAAAUAAACAAGGUUGUGUGUACAUUAACCACAAAUUGUAAAAGAAGAAAACAAAAUUCUAAUCCGGAAUAUUUUUUUCCUCCCAUAGACACCUGUUUCAUCUAAGAUGAUGUGAAGGUAUUUUCAAUACUAGUUCCUUUACCUGUUAAUAGAAAGAUCUUAUGACACUAUGAGCUUGUUCAAAAAUUAAGUACAUCCUUGCGGGUGAUUUGAGCUAACAAGCUACGCUGUUUCAAUCCCCCUCAUCAGCUUAUUUUGCUAAUUGGCUUAUCGUGCAUCUGCGGGGAUAAUUUAGUCAUAAAAGCACAUGAUCAUACCAUCCAUCUAGUCAGCUGGUGCACAUCAAAAAAAUGUACGUAGUUGUGAACAGAACUAGAGCAGAUCCGCAUAUCGCGAGUCUGGUUGAGUGAUACAGACUUGGUUCAUCCAACAUAACUUCACAUAGAAACAUGGCCAUUGUAUAAUGAUGAGCUUUUAUGAAAGUGUAGACCAUUAAUAUCUGUUGUAUGAUCUAUAAACAUUUUCAAUUUGAGCUGAUUUCCAUUGCAUCAGGUAAAACAGGGGGCCUACGUCUGAUUAGCUGUUAGCUUUUACCACUCCAAAGAUUUAUCGAAUUUCUAAAAGGCUCAUAGUAAUUUGACAACUUUCUACUACGAAGAACUAUUACAGAUAACUUCACAGGAUCUCCCUUCAAAAAAAUCACACAAUUUUUAUGAUCAUUAAAAUAUUGAUCAUUAUGUGACCAUUUUUAGUUGCGUUUUUUUUUUUUGUGUGUUAAUUUUAAAAUUGUUUACUUCUGCUGUCUCUUGUUGUCUUUACACUCCAGUAACCAUUUGUAAUUGUUUUCCUUUGUCUUUAAAGCUGCAAAACAAGCCCACAUGUUAGGUGCUCACCUAUGCCUGUGCUGUUGCCCCAAUCGUUUACCGUGGAUGGGAACAGGCUUGCCAAGACUUGCCUUGCCAUAACUUUAAAACUUUUAGCCAGUUUCCAGUGAUGACUUGGCUGUUGUGAAUUAGACAAUUAGAGACUUCAGCAGCACAUUCUCAUUGACUGUUCCAGGUUUUCUUGUCAAAAGAAGUAUGACAAAAUUACCUAAACUAAAACAUUUGUGAAAGUUACUGUAAGACUUGAACAUUAUCACUGGUUUCUAACAGUAAGCAGAAAUGACUUCAAGCCCCAAAACACCUCAAAAAUUGAUCUCUUUUGUUUAAUUGUGUUGGUUAGUUAAAAAUUUUGGAGUUUCCACAAUCCUUCUAAUGUAUUUUUACAGUUCCUGUAAGAGGCAAUGAACUGCCAGAACAAACCACAUUUUGUUUUCAGUAAUAUUAGGCUUAUUAGUUAGAAAAUAUCCUACUGAUGAUGAUAACUUUAAUCUUCCCCGCAGGCUUAUGUUUCAUUGUAAUGGUGACAUUUUGUUUACAAUAAAUGUUUUGUUUGCUGAACCAUAUAUUUUUUUGUUGGUAGGUUUGAUAAAAUGCAAAGUAACAAAUAAAAGUGAUAUGUAAAAUUAAA